AUGUACACCGGUUUCCCGCACGACCGUCGCUUUAUGCUCUACAAGGUAGACGAAGGAGUCAACAUGCACAUCGCGCACCAGACCGAGAUGUGCCUAUUCACCACGGCCUUUGACGACCCCGAGAACCCCACCAAAGUGAUUGUCGAGUAUUCUCUGGACCACGCGUUCGACAAACCCGGACAGAAGGUUGGCUCCGAAGAACUUAGUGUCUCCUUGACUCCCGACACGGCGGGUCUGGACCAGGUCGAGAUCACCAUGCACUCGUCCCCCUGCGUCGGUUUCGACCUGGGAGGUGACUACAACAAAUGGUUCAGCGACAGGUUCGGAUACGAGGUGAAAUUUCUGUACAUCGGGUCCAACAGCAGAAAAGUGUUGGGAAACAUGCCACCGAACGUGGCGGGACAGCAACGACAACAACGACGAGACAACGACCCUGCCGAUGGUAACGGCAAUGGCGGUAGGGGAUGGUUGGGAAGUCUGACCUCGACGGCGACUUCUCUGGUGAGUUCCAUCACCGGUUCCAACAAAAUGUACGACGGGGUCGACCAAGGCAUCUCCUUCGCCGACGUGGCCCCUUACCUGGUGGUCAGCGAGAAGAGCUGGGAGGAUGCUCAACGCCGCCUCCCCGAAGGAGAGGUCAUGGACAUAUCCAAGUUCCGACCCAACAUCAUCGUCUCGGGUGCCGAGGGUGAGUGGGAGGAAGACUUUUGGGCCGAGUUGCGGGUCGGCGACGACGCCGCCGCGGCAAAACUCGUCCUCACCCAAAACUGUGCCCGGUGCAACAGUUUGAACGUGGACUACGCCACGGGCAAGGUCGGCGCCGGGGAGGCGGGCAAGAUCCUCAAGAAAUUACAAAAGGACAGACGGGUCGACCCGGGAGCCAAGUGGUCACCCGUCUUUGGACGGUACGGUUUCCUGGCAAAGGUACCCGAGGGUAAAAGUGCGGCGGAGAUCAAGGUCGGUGAUCGAGUCACGGUCCUCAAGAGGAACGGUGAGCGUACGAGGUUUGAAUGGCCAAACUUGAGCACGAAUUGAUAUCAGAAUACCUUUUCUCCACGACUACAGGGCUUUUCGAAUUGUAUCUAUCCACUACGAGUACCACAUUCGACUUGGAACUGGUAGAUUUCGCGUCACGACGGUGUGGAGUUUUAUCGCGGUUUGUAACCUUUGAUGUUCAAGAUCUACAGAUUUGUUUCGCCUUGGAUUUGUCAAAACAUUGCCAAUCAUCUUUUCGGUCAUUGUUCUGUAUCUGAAUCUCCGUCUUAAGAACUGGAUAUUCUAUUC